CCGGUAGACGUCAUUGCGACAUAGCUUGAAUAUUUUAACGUCGUUUAUUGCCAACGUCCAUCGUUCCCUGAAUUCUUCUCGAUGCGACAUUAUUAAUCGAUUACGCGUUGAAAAGUAGCACGCAAUUCAAUUUCCACUCGUUGCGAGCGUAGUAAAAUUGAACGAGGAUUCUUCGCGUGACAUUUAAUCAAUUUUGCGUUACGAUGUAGUCUAUAGAAACAACUGUCAAUAUAAUUAGUAGAAUGUACACGUUUUAUUGGUGGUUGUUUUUUCGAAAUAACUACUUUUGCGAACUUUUGUGAACAGCCUUGGACGAACUCGGCCGAAUUUGUUCCUGCGCGCGCGGUCAGUCGUAUGUACAUAUGCUGAAAUAUUUGUAUGGUGUCAACUCAAUCAUACGUGGCUAUGUACAUCCAUAUAUCGAUUAUUGUCAUAGGGGGUCAGUAGUGGAGUAACGUUCCACCUGUCAGUCGAACACAGCAGUUCCCACUACUUUGCGCCGUGAUACAUUCAGUAGUUCGUAUCUCUUAGGUGGAGCACGUUCUUACACGGCUAUGUUCUCGUCCACACUCUUCGUGUAAGGUAAAAGGUAAGGUGGAUAUAAAAUAACAGAAUAAAUUUUACGAUUAAACGCCUCGGGAUUUUGUAUUUAAAAUAUUCAUCCUGCGAUGUUAGUAAGAUGUGUACUACACAAAUGAAAACCUAAUUAGAGUUGAAGGAUUUCAUUCUUAAUAUCUCAUUUCUCAAUUGAUUUCGGAAUAUUAUAGUACCAGUAAUUUUUUGUCGAUACACUUUUUUUUCCUAUUUUUUUUGAAAUCCGUAUUGAUGAGAAGUAGUUGAUAUUAAAUUCCUUGCAGUAAACGAUAUCUACAUUAAUGUUUGAUAUAUUUCUUUAUGAUUCAUGAAUUUUGGGCAAAUGGCUGACCCACAUUAUUUUAUCGCGCAAUCAAACCAGUAUUAUUAUUAAUAAACUUCUUAUAGAUCUAUUUAACUCUUUAUUAUUUUAUAACUGUGUUGAAAUUUCACAGUCAAAACACUUAGAAUCAUUUAAUAAGUUUUCUUUAUAAUUUCCGAGUACACAACGAGUUCGAGACACAUUCAUCCGUAAUUAAUAAACAUCGAAUUCAUUAUCAUUAUGACGUACUUAAAUCGAAUUAAUUGUCAUUAUGAAGCACCAGCAAGUAACCGUGGAUAUAACAAACAUGGUGUUCACUGCCUUCUCUUAUUUGGCGCUUGCUGGAGCGGUCUGGAUAUUUCUGCGGCUCAUUCACGCCUGCUUUUGGUUGCCGAAACAUCUGAAAAGGCAAAAUGAUGUUCAAAGAAUGUUGCAAGAUAAGGUUGAUAGCUACGAGAAAUAUGUGUUAGAAUGCGAGGAGAAGGAAAAGACGGAAAUGUUAGACGAAAUCGACGACGAGAAGAAAAGUCUCGAGAUGUCGGAGAAGUGGAAAGAGCGACGGGAAUGCCUAGACAUGUUGAAACGAGAGCUGGCAAGAGUUCGCGAAGGUAAGGACAUGUCCGAUUGGGACGCUUUGCUGGAUGAGGAACUGAAGAAGCACGCGGAGGAACUGGAGGCGGAGGAGGAGGAGGAGAAUGCCAAAAACGGGGCUAAUAAAGAGAAAAGUGACAGUGAGAAAGAAGGCAAGAAAGUCGAAGUGGAUACCGAACUAAAAAAGGAAAAGUAAGAACUGUCGAGUGCCUUAAAAGUGCCUUACUGAAACUGUACAAUCGCUUUACGAUAAUUCAUUUUAAUACGUAAAGGAAUAUUUAUGUGAAAAUUUUGAUUAAACCAUUUUUUUUUACUAAAUGCUCGUAUAGCGCGCAAUAAUUAAGUGAUUGAAAAAUGUUUUAAUACAGCUCGGCUCAUUGUCAGCAGAAUUUUAAGCGUGAUAUAUUACUAUUUACUUUACUGACAAUCUAACUUUAUUCACAAUUCAAUUUAAUUAACGUUUAAUUAAAUUAAUAUUUAACACAAAUUACAUGUAAUUGAGAUUGCAAAAGUUACAUGUAAUCAAUGUAAAAAGUAUUACAGUAAUAAUCGCGUUACAAAGAGAGAAAAGUAGUUUUAAGUAAGUGCAAAUAUAAAUGUGGUGUUCUUGAAACAAAAGUUAAAA